AUGGGAGCAGGCUGCCUGACAAUGGGCUGGAAAGUGCUUGUCACAGCCUGGGCCCUGUUCUCCACUCCAGCUAUCAGCUCAACCAAUGAGAGCGAGGGAGGAGGCUUGUGUACUGAGUGUGGUAUCCAGGACCAGCUAGCACAGCACAUGGCUGAGGCAAAGGCCGAGGACAUUUUUGAGGACCAGAAAAGAGUGCUGCAGGCCUUUGACACGGUAGUGUGGUUUGCUGGUUCCAAGGCUAUCUUCUUGUUCACACCCCCUUUUCUGGCCUUUGACAAUCACACUGUGCCUGAUGGGUCUGUGACAGAGACACAGACAUGGGUGAGGGGUAGCACAGUGUGGCCACGCUUCGUGGCAGGGCUGGAGACAGCGGGUGUCUUCGACUUUGUGGCUGCAGUCUCAGAACCUUCUGCUGUGGAGUGCCAGUUGGGUGUCCCUUCAGCAGCGGCCCUCUGCAGCCUGAAGAAGGACGUUCUCUUCUGUGAAGGACUGCUGAGCUCUGUGGAAAACCUCUCCAAGAUGCUGCUUCAUCCUUUUGGGUCCAUCCCAGUGACACAGGCUGAAAAUGCUGGGCACUUUGCCGUCUGCCAUUUCCCAGAAACAGAUGCUCCGGCACCUGCAGCUCUGGGAAUCCGUGUUCACCUGGCUUCCGGAACAGCUCUUUGUGUGCUGUUGGACUUUGGGGAUGGUUGUGGAGCUGAGAUGAGCCUGUGUACGGUGACAGGUGCAGCUGCAGCGACUGGCUACCACCGAUACAGGAAAGGAAAGGGUUUAUUUGGCUUUACUUACACUUUCAUAUUUCUGUUCAUCACUGAAGGAAUCUACAAGCUCAGGGCUGUUGUCCAUGGCGUUCAUGGAGCUGAUGUGGAACUAGGGCCUUAUUACGUGGACAUUGGCCAUGAGAAAGUGUCUGUAUUCAUGAACUCCAGCUCUAUCCACGAUGGUGAAGCUCUUGCCUUUGCUGACUCCCUCCCACAACAGAAAGGCACAGUUGUGAUGCAUUGCUUCUCAUCUGUUUCUUCAUACAAUGUGUCCUUCAUUUCUCAGAUACAAGUGGGCAGCGGCCAGGCUUGGCUUGGCGUGACUGUUGGGUAUAAGAUGCAAUCUGUGUCUGUCUACACCAAUGGAACUGUGUUUGCUGCAGACACAAACAUCACAUUUGUGGCUGUUACCAAGGAAACCAUACCCCUGGAGUUCACAUGGUAUUUGGGAGAUGACCCACCAGUGAGGACAACUUCCAGAAGCAUCAAAAGAAGGCUGAGCAUCCCUCAGUGGUACCAAGUGAUGGUCAAGGCCACCAGCAAGACUGGCAGUGUGGUCUCUGAGUCCCACCUCAUCAGGGUACAGAAGAGAAUCAGGGCCAAUCGGCUUAUGUCCACUGCCUCAGCCCUGGUAAAUGCCAAUGUGUCCUUUGAGUGCAGACUCAACUUUGGCACUGAUGUAGCCUAUCGUUGGAACUUUGGAGAUGGGACCAUUGAGCUGGGUGGAAGCUCCUCCAGCCAUGUCUACAGCAGGGAGGGAGAAUUUACAGUUGAAGUCCUUGCCUUCAAUAACAUCAGCUCUGCUGUGCUAAGAAAGCCACUUUUCAUCGUGCGUGAGCCUUGCCAACCACCCCCGGUGAAGAACAUGGGGCCUAAGCAGGUGCAGAUAUGGAGGUCUCAGCCCCUGAGACUAGGAGUAACAUUCGAAGCUGCAGUCCUCUGUAACGUGUCCCGAGGACUUUCCUACACCUGGAGCUUUGUGGGUGCCGGGGCCACUGCUGUCACCCUCCCUGCUGCUGUCAACACCCACAGACAGACCAUCGUGCUCCCAAGCUAUACCCUGGAGUGUGGGAACUACACUGCCGUGGCCAAGGUCCAGAUCAAGGGAAGCAUGGUGUAUAGCAACUACUGUGUUGGUGUGGAGGUUCGAGCCAGGGCUCCUGUCAGUGUGAUCUCUGAAGGCACACACAUCUUCAUCCCUAGGGCCGCCACCACCCCCAUCAUCCUCAGAGGGUUCCAGUCUUAUGACCCUGACAUCCCUGGGGCUGCUCUCAGGUAUCACUGGACUUGCACUACAACCAGCUCGCUAAGGUGGCCCUGCUUUGAGGACUCUACCCCACACCAAGUAGACACUCAGGCUCCUUCAGUUUCUUUCCCAGCAAAGUGGCUCAGUGAAUGCUGUGACCAGUUCCUUGUGACACUGACAGUCUCCAGCAAUGGACAGAACUCUUCUCAGGCCUUGAUAUUCCUGUCCACCAGUCCUGACCCGGCCUUCAGAUUCCUCCACAUCUCAUGGGUCAACUUUAGAGACACCCGUGCAAACUGGAAUGAAGAAUUGUCUCUCAGAGCUGUGUGUGAAGACUGUGGCAAUGUACCAGACCUCACUUAUUCCUGGGAUCUCUUCCUAGUCAAUGCAACAGAAAAGAACACGUUGGAAGGUUCAGGGGAACCUAUGGAGGACUACGGCUCAAUGAGUCCAGCACUAGGUUCCUCAGGUGAACAAACUUUGAUGAUGAGCACCCCAGAGGGAAGCUGGCCGCCUUCCGGCUCCUCCCCUGCCUUUGACGAUUUUGAAGCCUAUUAUAAUGACAUCCAAGAAGAUGUGCCAUCCCUAGGAAGACAGCCAGGAACCAGCACCAACUUCCAGGAAUCAGGACCAAGCAUGGAUGCCGAGGAGAGUGCCAGUGAUGGGGACAACCUGCUAGGCCCUUUCCUCCACACAGGCAGAGCAAAGCCAGAUUUCAUGAUCGACUGGCCCAAGACCCUGGUCAGCCAAGCCAUCUUCCACGACUACACCUCCUCAGGUAUCAUGGGACCAGCUUUGACAAUAAAACCAUUCUCACUGAGCAGUGGCGAGAUGUAUGUCUUACAGGCCUCUGUAGCUUCAAAGCAUGCCUUAGUAGGCAAAGCUCAGCUCUACAUAACGGUCAACCAAGUUCCACAGGACAUGUCUUGUCAGGUGCAACCCCACAGUGGUCUGGAGGCACAUACCAUCUUCAGUGUCUUCUGCAUGUCAGGGAAACCGGACUUUCAUUACGAAUUUCGCUACUACAUAGGAAACACUUCACACACCCUGUACCGUGGACGAGAUACCCAGUACUACUUUUUCUUGCCAGCUGGUGAGACCUCGGACAAUUACAAAGUCAUUGUUUCUACUGAGAUCACAGAUGGCCAAGGCUCCAAGGUGCAGCCAUGCACUGUGGAAGUGACCGUGCUACCCCGUUACCAUGGAAAUGCCUGCCCGGACAAGGACCUAUACAACUACACCCUGGAAACCCUGUCUUCUCUCCAGCUGGUGGGGAGUUACACGGAAGUCAUGAACUACAUUGCCAUGACCACUGCAAUCCUGACCCGUUUGUAUGUGGAGAGCAGAAACACAUCUACAUGUGGCCUGUGGUCACAGAUACAGGAUGUAUUGAUUUCUUCAGCAUGCAAAGUACCUUUUACAGACCAGGAAGCAAUGAUGGAUUCUAUUCAUAUAUUGAGGGACCUCAUAAACUUCCCUAAUAAGCUGAGCUUGACGAGUGCCAUGCACAUCCUCAAACAUGCCCAGGGGCUCCUCGCUCAAGGUCAGCUCUCCAGGAAGCUACUGGUCAACAAAAAACUGGGAGUUGAAUUUAUCCUUCUCAUCUCUGGAGUCUGGGAAGCUGCCAAAGAAGACAUGAGAAGUGAGGACUAUCUGCAAGAAGAAGGUAUGAAGAUCAUCUCCGACAUGUUACUGACCUGUCUCUCCUUGAGCCACCAGCAUCAGCUUCACAUAAGCACUGGGCAGAUGGAGUUCUGGACCAUUGUCCAUCACAGCUUCCAGAGUUCUGUCCAGAACCUGGGCUUCAUCUGGGUUCACUUCCCUGCUGACCUGGUCUUGCACAGUCCAGUUCAAGAGGAAUCACACAGCCAGUGCUACAUCAGCCAGCUCAUGGCCUUUAUGAGCAGUCCUUAUCCAAUGGGACCAGUUCCUGGACAGGUGGGUGGUGUGGUAAGCCCUCGGCUUUACAGCUGCAAGAGCAGACGCCCAAUUCUCAGAGGACGACUGGAGACACCUGUGACUGUGGAGUUUGGAGAGGAAAACCACCAGCACAAGAGAAAUCCAACCAUGUUCACGUUGAGACGGGAUGAAGUAAACCUCCACCAGUUCACUGGGCUUGCUGAAAGACCCCAGGAAACCUUACAGAUACACAUCAGAUUCUCUAAGCCCAGUACAAGAGCCUUCCCCAUCAUGCUGUUAGUAAGGUUCUCCAAGAAAGCCACGCCUACUGAUUUUCUUGUGAAGCAGGUGUACUUCUGGGAAGAGCAGACUGUACAAGUUUAUGUACCUGCUGUUCCGUUGAAAGGGACCAAUGUGGGGUAUUUGUCCCUAUUGAAUGCUGAUUAUGACAGAAGACCUCCAAACAAAUAUCUUGCUGGGGCAGUAAACUACACCGUGAAUUUCCAGUGGAUCCAGUGUGUGCUUUGGGACAAGACAGGAUGGAGAUCCGAAGGUCCCUGUCCACAGCCAGGAACUUCUCCUGAAAAAGUCAACUGCAGCUACCAUCGCCUUGCGCCUUUCUCUGUCCUGAGAAGAAAGCUGAAUGCCACUUUGGAAGUGAGCAGCAUUUCUGUGUUUCGGAGUCACCCAUGCAACUUGCUUCCCGGUAUUUUCAGUGUGUUUUUCUUGAUCCUUUAUGGAUUUUUGAUGACUAAAAGCAGAUGUGUAGACUGUCACAAGAAAAAGAAACCUGGCUGUAUUUUUCUGGAAGAAGAUAUCCCACCUGGCCACCAGCUGUAUGCAGUCAUCAUUGACACUGGCUUCCGGUCACCAGCCCAAUUUACGGCAAAGGUUUUCAUUGUUUUAUGUGGUGAAAAUGGACUCUCAGAAACCAAAGAACUCUGCUGCCCAGAGAUGCCCUUGUUUGGAAGGAAUUCCAGGCACACCUUUAUACUGAGCACUCCUAACCAACUGGGACCACUGCAGAAGAUCCGCCUCUGGCACGACAGUAGUGGACCUUCCCCAAACUGGUUCAUCAGUCACGUAAUGGUGAAAGACCUAUGUUCAGGCCAAUGCUGGUUCUUCUUGGCCCAGUGCUGGCUGGCUGUGAGCCUAUGCGAUGGCCGUGUGCAGAGAGAGCUUUUCUGCCUGCGGCGCGGUCUUGGCUUCUGGAAGCUUUUCUAUUCCAAGUUCACGGAGUACCUGGAGGAUUUCCACAUCUGGCUCUCACCGUACAGCCAGCCCCCCACCAGCAGCUACCUACACACACAGCGGCUUGCCGUGUCCUCCUGCCUCCUCUGUGUCUACUCAUGCCUCGCUGCCCUGGUCACCGUGGGUGCUCAUGAGCAGAACUCCCUGGAUGUGGGACCCACUCUGGAAUCCUUCAGUCUCUGCCUCCUGUGCACCUUCCUGGUCUGCCCAGCCACACAACUCUUGUCACUGCUCUUCAGGUUCAGCAAGGUGUGUGGCCCCAUGCUCCUGGGGAGACUCCCGAUGUGGGCUCCCAGCAGUGCUUUUAAAGGACUUGUGCCCCGGUGGUCAAGAGUCUGUCUGACCUGGUCAAGCUCUGUGGCCUGGGCCAUUUGUGGGUCAGCGUCCCUGGCCUGUGGUUUGGGGACAGGAUUCCUAGGCUACAGGUUUGUGCCAGAGCAGUGUGUGUGGUGGCUGUAUCUGCUGCUUCUCUGUGUGGUCUGCUGUGCAUUUGUCACCCAGCCACUCAUGAUCUGCUUGGCAGCGCUGGCCUUUGCUUGGAAAAGGAACCACGACAGCCAGUUUUUUAUUGAGUCUUUACAUGAUGCAACCAAGGAUCUAGAUUUGGAACGGAAAGAAUACUCCAGAGCCUACAUUCCCCAUUCUCGCAGCUCCUGUAGUCCUGACAGUGCUGAGGAAGCCGAAAGGGUUUUGGCUACCCGACAACGAGAACGCCACCUGCGCUGGGCUUGGCCACCAUCCAGGGCCAAGUUCAGAGUGACCAUGGAGAGACUGAGAAAAGAGAGCCAGAUGCAGGCAGCCUUGAGAGACAUUUCAGUGCACAGCCUCAUGCUGCUGCUGCUUUUGUUUAUAACAUAUGGGAGAUUCUGUCCGGGUGAAUAUUCUCUCAAUCAAGCCAUCAGGAAGGAAUUCACAAGAAAUGCCAGACACUCCUUUGGGAACCUGAGCAGCACAGAUGACUGGUGGGACUGGACUCUGAGCACAUUGCUGGAUGGGCUGUACCCAGAAGGACCUGCUGCUGGAACCUGGGGGGCUCAGCCUGGAGCUCUCAGAGGGCAGUGCCAUCUAAUAGGCCCUUCUGUGAUCAAGCAGCUGAAGGUUUCUUCUGGUACUGCAUGUACACCUCCCAGGUCAACCUCAGAGCUCAUGGAAGAUGCACUACCUACAUGGAGUCAUGACCUUGAUCUUGAGAACCAAAAUGUGACCCCUGGUGGUGAGGCCUGUGGGGUUAAGAGGGAGAGUGCCGUGCACACUCUAGGAAGAACAAGGCAUGAAGCACACUCAGCCCUGACUGCCCUCAGGGCCAACAGGUGGAUCGACCACAGAACCAGGGCCGUAUCUGUGCACUUCACUCUCUACAACCCGCCAAUGAGACUCUUCACAAGUGUGACCCUACGUGCAGAGUUUCUCCCCAUGGGAGGUCUUGUCCCCUCAUCCCUGGUAGAGUCAAUCAGCAUCUUCUACAGUGAUUCAGUCUCACAGAACCUUCUUAUGCUUUCAGAGCUGGUGUUCCUGGUACUCAACAUGACCCACCUCUGUUUCCAGCUCUGGGGAAUGGCCACCAAGGGCAUCCUCAGCUAUUGGAGAAAACUGAGACACUGGCUUGAGCUCUCUAUGAUUGGGGUAGCCCUGGCCUACUAUGCAGCCUCUGCUCACCUCACUACCCUCGCUGAGAAUGUCAAUGACCAGUUCCACAAAGGACUUCAUCAGAUGUUUGUGGACCUAAGUCUGAUGGUGUCAUGGAAUCAGAUGGCAAGAUGGCUCCGGGGAAGCCUCUUGUUCCUCUGGCUGUUGAAGGGUGCUCACCUCCUCGGCUUCCUAAGCACCAUGGUAUCCUUAUCCACAGUGACGUGUUCCUGUCUCUCCAGAGCCUUCGCCCCAGCACUCUUAGGGGCCCUGUUGCUGGCUGCCCAAUCCUAUUUGUGCCGGUUUCUGCUCUUCACCUCCACACCAUCACCUGGCGCCUCUACAGAAGCAUUUCCCGGACUGCCGCUUCAGUUUCUGGGAAGAAGCCACAGGGACUCACUGCACAAUCAUUUGGAUCCUGGCCAUCAAGCCAUGGCUUGUUACGGUGGAGCCCUUUUUCUGCUGGUGGCAACUCUAUGUUUCGGAAUGCUGAGGGCUUCCCUCCUGACUGUUUUCCGAAAAAGGAAGUCUUUUCACAGAAAGUCUUUCAUGACACUUAAAAAUGUUGCUGUUUAUGCAUGGCAUAAACUCCUCACCCUUCUGGGGCUGGAAACAACAACUCUGGAGGAGACUGCAGUGCCUGUGGACCAUAGUUACUACCUGGAUGAAUUUUCAAGUCUAUUGGAUGAACUUCUGGAGAAGAUUGAUGGUUUGUCUGACAGCCUAGAACUUUCUAUCCUAGAAGAGCAAUGGAGGAGGACAGUGGAGUCAAGGACAGUAGAUAGUCACUUAGUUGGCAUUUCAGGGUGCCAAGCUACUGGGAGAGGGGCCACUAACAUUGCAGUCAUGAAUGAAAGUGAGAGGUCUCGGGGAGGAAGGCACCCCUCUGUUCCCAAGAUGCAGUUAACACUCAGAGGGGCCACUGUGUUCCUGCGGAAGAAAAUGAUCUUCCUACCCUGGCUCUGCCGGGUGCUGCCAGAGCUACGAUGUCACAAUCUAUGCACUCUCUACUACUGA